AUGUCACAGCAAUCUGCACCCGCUGCUAGCGCAACAAAUCCACCAGCAUUUCAAGGCCAAGACCGUCCAACAGACGUUCGUAUGUCUUGCAUCCUUGCAGCUAAGAGUGUUGCUGAUGCUGUUCGUUCAUCACUUGGUCCACGCGGUAUGGAUAAACUUAUUCAAGAAAAGAACGGCGAAGUUAUUAUUACAAACGAUGGUGCUACAAUUCUCAAGCAUAUGGGCGCUGCACAUCCAGCAGCCAAGCUCAUGGUCUCCAUGAGCCAAGCUCAAGAUGUUGCCGCAGGCGAUGGUACAACAUCUGUUGUUAUCUUUGCCGGUGCCUUCCUUUCAGCAUGCAAGACAUUACUCGAACGCAAGCUUCAUCCAUCACUUGUUUCAGACGCUCUCCGCAUUGCCACAGACGAGGCAAUCAAGAUCCUCGACCAGAUGCGUAUUCCAUUUGGCCAAGGCGAAGCAUUUACAGAACAAGAAAGAGAAAUCUUAAUUGAUUCAGCUCGUACAUCACUUUCAUCCAAGCUCGCCUCCCAAUGGAGCGACAUCCUUGCUCCACUUGCCGUUGAUGCUGUUUUGCGUGUCCACGAUGGCAAGCACGUCGAUCUCAACGAUAUCCGCGUUGUUCAGCGUGUUGGCGGUGUUAUUGAUGACAGUGAGCUUGUUGAUGGUGUUGUCUUCCCACACCAUUUCCAACGCCAGAGUGGCGAUGCUCGCAAGAUCAACAACGCCAAGAUUGCCUUGAUCCAAUUCCAGAUCUCUCCACCAAAGACAGACAUGGAAUCCCAAGUCAUUCUCAACGACUACGCUCAAAUGGACCGUGUUCAGCGUGAACAGCGCAAAUACAUCCUUAAUAUCGUCAACGCCAUUGCAAAGACCGGCGCCAACGUUAUUCUCUUACAGAAGUCCGUCCUUAGAGACGCCAUUUCCGAUACAGCCCUCCACUUCCUCAACAAGAAGGGAAUUAUCGUUGUCAAGGAUAUCGACCGCGAGGAAGUUGACUUUGUCUGCCGUACAAUCGGUUGCCAGCCAAUUGCAUCCGUCGAAGGCCUCUCCGCCGACAAGCUUGGCUUCGCAGAGACAGUCGAAGAAGUCACAACAGCUGGAGGCGCAAUUAUCAAGAUUAUGGGCUUGAAGAAGGUCUCCAAGACAGUUACAGUCUUAUUACGUGGUUCAAACGAACUCAUCAUUGGAGAAGCCGAGAGAUCCCUCCACGAUGCUCUCUGCGUCAUCCGCUCCCUUGUCUACGAGAGAUACCUCCUCCCUGGUGGCGGUGCACCUGAAGUGGAACUCGCCAUCAAACUCGCAAAGAAGGCUGACGAAAUCGGUGGAGAAAUAGGUCACUGCAUCAGAGCAUUCGCUGACUCCCUCGAUAUUGUUCCUUACACACUCGCUGAGAACGCUGGUCUCGCUCCACUCGAUGUCGUGACACAGUUGAGAGAAGCUCACUCCUCUGGAAAGAUGUAUUAUGGUGUAUCAGUCGUAGCUUGCGGCCCUGCUGACAUGAAGGAGGAAGAGGUCCUUCAGCCGUACUUAGUAACAAAGAGCGCUGUAACAUUCGCCAGUGAAACUGUUCGUAUGAUUCUCAAGGUCGACGAUAUCCUUGCUACACGGUAA